CCUCGACGCCGAUAACACACAACCUUCCUGCAGGAUGCAGCUGACCCUCGCAACCGCCGCGCUCCUUCUGGCGACCGCGCUGCCCUCGGCCGCCGGCACUCUCCUUGUGACCACGGGCUCCGUGGCGCUUUCGAGCAGCGCCGCCGCCCUGGCCGCCCUCAAGCUGAGCGCAGUGGGCGGCGCCGUCUUGGGCAGCGCCAUCGCCUCUCGCGGGCGCUCCCGGGGCAAGCGAGACCUGGUGCAGUGCCUGCCCGUCGCCGACACAGAGCUCUACUUCACGCUGGCCGCCAACUCCGACAAGCUGGGCUGCGUCCAGCGGUUCGUGUGCGAGGUGUCCGCCCGAGACGAGGCCGACCUGUCGGAGGACGAGAGGCUCUUCAGAGACGCCUUCGCCUCCGGCCACGCCCCCGAAGCAGGGUCCGCCCAGAGCCUGUUCGUCCGCGCGGCCUCCGUCGGCGCCAAAGGGGACCUCCGCCUCUGCGCCGACGAGUACAGCAAGUGCCCCAUCGACGGGAAGACCCUCCUCAGGGAAUUCAACAAGGCCCAGCUGCAGUAGCCUCGCCGCCGCUGCCCUCGAGAAGAAGGAAGCGAACGCGUUUGAGUUCCUUCUCUCGAUCCGCGAGUCCUGUGGAUCUCCCUUCUCUUCCUCUCUCGCGCAGAUAAGAGAUCUCUUUGGACGUGAAUUUGAAAUGAAAAAUACUUCCGGAAUUUCAUCCGAUACGACAUUAAUAAA